CAGUAUGUAUACUCUGUUCAAAAUAAGACGAUGACCCGGCGGCGACCAGUUUUUGUCGGGCGGCGGUCAGACUCCACCCAUGAGCAUCGAUCACGUGACCGAGGCUCUGGUGGGAUGUGCACGCCGCGUGAAGUGGAUGUGCGUGCGUGCGUCAUGCAUACGGCGCUGGCGAAUGUGCGUAUGUGCGUUGUGCAUUAUUUGGUGGGUUUUAUUGGAAUGUGCGUCCCUUAGAGGACAAAAAGAACAACUAAAAGAACACCUGCUUGAUAUCCCCCUGCAGGAUGUGCGUCGGCAGCACUAUCUUACAUUGUACAUUUCACUGAUACAACGCAUUUGUGCUGUGAUCUCUGUUGUAACACCACCGUAUUUGCUUAUAUUUGUCUCUGUGUAAUAACUAUACCAUACUAUUUUUUUAUUUUUUUUAUUACGUUGUUUACAAAUUUUACGUAAAUCAAUUUACAAUGAGUGAUUGUUUAGAUGAGGUUCCUGAAAUGGAGAAUAUGGACGAUACUAUUUCACCAAAAAGAAUAAAUGUACCAGGAAAAGUGAUACUGAGUCGUCAAAAAAUGAUGAUUGUCAAUUUAUACAAGGACUUAACAAUGAAAAACCCAGAUAUGCAGUACAAGAUAAUGAUGGCUGAAAUUUCGAAAACAUUGGGCAUUGGCUUGAAUUCAGUGCGUAAAAUCAUUUCUGAAUAUAAGACUACCGGAAGUGUCAAAUCUCCUGAUAAGAAACGCAGUAAGAAGUGCCUGUUCGAAAAGAUUGACGAUUUAGAUCGAAAUGCGUUACGUCAAAAGGUACAUAGUUUUUGGUUAAGAAAAGAAUUACCUACGAUCGACAAAAUUUUGGAAGCAGUGAAUGACGAUCCAGCGCUUCCCAAUUACAAACGUACCACGUUGUAUACAAUUAUAAAAAAAUUAGACUUCGUCUUCACUAAAAGGAAGAGAUGCAGCGUUUUAACAGAGAGGGAAGACUUGCUUGUUUGGCGUCAAAACUACAUCUACGACAUUCGUAAAUACCGAGAAGAAGGUCGCACGGUAUACUACCUUGACGAAACCUGGGUAAAUGCAGGUGAUUGUGUUGAGAAAUUAUGGGUCGACAAAACCAUUCAGUCAAAACAUGAUGCGUUCAACAGAGGUCUGACAACUGGUGCGAAGAACCCGACAGGUACGGGUAAACGAUUGAUUGUGUUGCACAUUGGGUCGCAUAAAGGCUUUUUAGAAGGUGGCCUUUUAUGUUUUCUGUCGAAGAAAAAUAGUGGCGAUUAUCAUGAUGAAAUGAAUGGUGACCAUUUUCAUGAAUGGUUUCAGUCAAUAAUUCCUCGUCUCGAACAAAACUCGGUCAUUGUGAUGGACAACGCCCCAUACCAUUCAGUAAAGACUGAAAAAAUACCGACAUCUUCAUCAAAAAAGGACGACAUUUUAUUGUGGUUGAAAUCAAAAGGUGUUGUUAUUGAUAGGCCAAUGUUUAAACCACAAUUGCUCACAAAGGUCAGAGAAAUAAAAUCCAAGUAUACGUCAUAUGUUGUCGACAACAUGGCAAAAGACGCCGGGCACACAGUAUUAAGAUUACCACCUUACCACUGUGAGCUAAACCCAAUUGAAUUAGCAUGGGCAAUGGUGAAAACCUAUGUUAAACAAAAUAAUACGACAUUCAAAAUUGAUGACGUUAGAGUUCUCUUAAACACUGCAAUUGAACGUGUUACCAGUGAAAACUGGCAAAAUUUCAUUCAACACGUGAUAAAGGAGGAGGAGAAAAUGACCGAAGUCGACCGAAAUAUGGACGAAAUUAUUGACAACUUGGAACCCUGCGUACUCACAAUAACAGGCGAGACUUCCGAUUCUUCCGAUUUUUAAUUGUAUAUAAUUUGUAAAAAUUGUUUUAAUUUAUUAUGUAAUUUAUUUUGUAUACACAUUUGUGAUAAUUAUUUUGACGAUCGUUUUAGAGAUUUAUAAUAUAUAUAUUAAAUACAAUUAUAUUGUGUUUAAAAAAUAAUAUAAACAAAAAUAGUUUUAAUUUAUGAAUUA